AUGGCGGAGGACUCCCCCUCCCCAGUGCCCAACCCGUGGGCUCCUCAAGGCUCCGUAAGCACCGCGAAUAGAGGCAGGCCGCGAGUCGUCAACGGGCAAAUCGUCUACGGCGGUGGAGGCGCGCAGAGCGCCGCCUCUCAAAGUCACGCGCGAGGAUCGGGGACACCAGUCAGGCGCAUCCUCUCCCGAAUCUGGGCCUUUCUUCUCGCCGUCAUCGACUUUAUCCAGUUGUUUGUUCAGACUCUCCUCUCGCCCAACUACCCAAACCAAGGCCGUCGCAAUCGGCAGAUGGGCGGCGUUGCGUCGCUGAGUCCAGGAGGCGGUCGCCCAGACGGCGGCGGCGGCGGCUCUCGCCGUCGCUUCAACAAUAUCAUGUGUGGCGGAGGCGGCUGA